AGGUGUUUAUUGUUAUGUAUCAGGGAGGACGGACCGGUCCUGUUAAAAAACUCGCUCCUCCCCGUUUAUCAUUCUUUUUCUUUUCUUUAAAAAACAAACAAAACGUAUAUGUAAGUGAUGUAGGUGGUGCAUGUUAUUUUUGUUACAAUGGACUUUCCGGUGUGGGUUUUAUACGGGGUUUAAAAAUGGAAAGGCGAAGUGUUGGAAAGCGAGGAGAGGGGAAAGAGUCAGCACCGGCGCGUGGAGAACGAGACUACACGGGAUUACGCGGAGAGCUCGCGCUGUAUAGACACACUGAUGCACCGAUUACAGAGCAGAGUCGGGUGGUUUUGUUGCUCGCGCUUAAAACGUGACCGCGAGCGUUUAACGUUCGGUGUUUAGGGCUUGGUUUCGUUUGUUGUGUCGUAGCCUGUGUUAUCUGCCGUGUGUGUGAGCGCAGACCUUUCACUUCCACCGCGUCGAGCCGAAUCCGGCUGUUUUCUUUCUUUCUUUCUCGUUUCCUACUCAUUAAACUUUUGCUGAAUGGUUCUACAAGUGUCGUCCCGUGUAGCGCUGAUCGCAUGGUGUGUGUAGAGAGAUUGAUAGAGAGAGAGAUCCGGAUUGUGAAACGUUUACGUAAUUGAAGGCGAUUAAAGAGAGCGCGCGAGCGCGGUCUGGCUAAUGACCUCACAAGUCAUUACUGUAUUUAAAUGCACGUUUUCUACGUCAUUUCCGGCGCUGAUGUAGUCAUGACGAGGUAGCGUUUUUGAUCACCAAAGACUUGUUCACUUUUUCUUAGUAUUUAUUUUAUUUGUGUGUGUGUGUGUGAGUGAUAGAUAGCUAGAAGAUUUGAUUAAGUAAGGAUGGACACCGGGAUCCAGAGUUCUUCCGAACAUUUCGCUCACGAGCCGAGCGCACCCGGUGUGUGUGCAGAAAUGCUGGAAGUGGCCGAGGAAGCACGCCGAGCCGGCGAUUACGAGCUGGCUGUUGAGAUCUACUCGUCUCAGCUGUCCGAGCUCCAUCAGCCCGAUCGGGGGCUUUGCAUGCGCAAAGCGGACACUUUAGCCCGCGCCGGUCGGAUAGCCGAUGCGUUGGACUCGUACUGCAUCGCCGCGGACCUGCACCGACUCCGACCGGAGGAGCUGCGGCUGUUAGUUGAGAGCAUCGCGCGCACGAUCCGGGUGAAGGAGCCGCAAGCGAGCGCGAGCGCCAACGCGGCCACCUGUUCCGACCCGGACGAGCUCGAGGAAGAGCACGCGCUCGAUUUGUUUUCGUGUCGCCUCUGCAAGUGUUUGCUAUCCGAGCCCACUACGCUAGUGUGCGGCCACACGUUCUGCAAACGGUGCCUGGAGGACGCCGCGGUUAACGAGUGCAAGUCGUGCCGCACGAGCAUGAACAAAUCGUGGUGCACGAGCGGCCUGCGGGCCAACGUUAUUCUCAGCGGCCUGCUCGACAAGUGGUUCGAGGCGGAAAGUCAGUCCAGGAGGUGCUGGCUCGAGGGGGAAAGCUUGUGGAAGAAACAAGAUCUACAAGGAGCCCUGGAAAAGUAUAACCAGGCAGUGGACCUAGCGUCUUCUAUCGCUAGUUUACGAGCACAGCGAGCUGAGCUGCAAAUGGACAUGAAGAACUUUAACCAAGCGAUCCAGGAUGCGGACAGCGUCUGCCGCCUCCUACCAGCUUCACCCAAGGCCCACUACCUUAGGGCCAAGGCGCUUUGCUGUGCUGGCCGCAGAGAAGAGGCAUUGCAGGAGUAUUUUAUUUGUGUAGCACUCAAGCCAGACUGGACAUCUGUAAAAUCAGAGGCACAGAAGAUCCUGAGUGAGAUGUUUUCGUCCAUCUUUCAGAACGACAGUCUGGUCACACGCCUCCAUCCGCUUCAAACCACCAACUCAUCCCCUCGCAUCAAACCUUCAUCACUCCUCAGCUCUCUGCACUUUCCUCUGACGAGGGACGGAGCCAGAGCCGGCUGCUCCAAAGACGCUGCGCUCAGUAAUAAUAAAGCUUGCGACGGUUCGAGUUCCUCGUCCUUAAAUCAGCCAGAGCACAGCAUAGAAGAAUCCAAAAGCCUGGCAGCUGUGCUUUCCUCGCUCCCUGUAGCUCCUGGUGUUAAGAGAAAAUGCUUGGCUGAUGCCAGUGCCUUCGUGCCUCCCAGCAAGAUUCUCAAAGCAGAUCCACCCAGCUCCUCACACACGCCUCCUGUCCAGCGCGGGACGAGGACAGUACCGCCUCAUCUCUUGGACAGCGCUGACAUGGAGUGUUCACUGUGCAUGAGGUUGUUCUACGAGCCCGUCACCACUCCCUGUGGACACACCUUCUGUCUCAAGUGUCUGGAACGCUGCCUGGAUCAUAACCCCAACUGUCCUCUAUGCAAAGAGAACCUUUCCGAGUUUCUGGCCACUAGAGGGUACAAAAAGACCUUCCUGAUGGAAGAGGUACUUCAGCGCUACCUGCGUGAGGAGCUGGAAGAGAGAAGGAAAGUGCAUGAAGAAGAAAUGAAAGAACUGUCCAAUUUGAACCAGGAAGUUCCUAUCUUCAUUUGCACCAUGGCAUUUCCCACAAUCCCCUGCCCGCUGCACGUAUUCGAGCCGCGCUACAGGCUGAUGAUUCGCAGGGCCAUGGAGACCGGAACCAAGCAGUUCGGCAUGUGCAUUUCUGACCAACUGAAAGGGUUUGCCGAUCACGGCUGCAUGCUGGAGGUGAGAGACGUGAAGUUCUUCCCUGACGGUCGCUCGGUGGUCGAUACGAUUGGCAUGUCUCGCUUCAAAGUGCUCAGCCAUGGCCAGAGAGACGGCUACAACACGGCCAAGAUCGAAUAUUUGGAGGACAAGAAGGUGGAAGGAGAGGAAUUAACCGAGCUUCUGAAGCUACACGACUCCGUGUACGAUCAGGCCACAGCCUGGUUCACGUCUCUCAAAGACAACAUGAAAAGCCAGAUCCUGAGCCACUUCGGUCACCUGCCUGCCAAAGACCCCGACCCACAGGGGAACCCCAGUGGGCCGGCGUGGUGUUGGUGGCUGCUGGCUGUGCUGCCUCUCGAGAAUAAAGCUCAGCUCACCAUCCUCGCCAUGACCUCCCUGAAAGACCGACUCAUCGCCAUCCGCCGAGUGCUCAUCUUCGUCACCAGGAAGCGUCCUCGAUGACCUCGGCCUUCCUCGAUCAUCAGUCGUCGUCGCUGUCGCUUCAGCAGCCACAAAGACAGGUAGCGGGCCACCGAAGCAGCUUGUCGAGUCUUUCAUCAUCCGCAACCGCUCGUCCAAUGAUAAACUGACGCGCACCUUCUCUUCAGCACGCGGUCCGUGUUGAUCUCCCAAAAAAAAAAAUCACAGGCUGAACGAAUGACUGUAGCUGAAGACGUAGUCAAAGCUGAAAGAGGAAGCCAUGUGCUGAUAACCGAAUGCUGUGAACAUCCCACUCCUGCUUUUGUGCCUCGUGCGUGUGUAAGGCUAACCAAAUGCAUCUCAUGGGCUUCCGGUAUGUUUACUAGUCCAGUGGCCUGCUUGUGGUUCACACAUCAUGUACUAGUUAAGCCUAUACACAACUUUUUUUUUGUUUCGUUUUGGUUUGUUUUUUUUAAUUACCUCCUUUAAAAACCGGUCUCGCAAGCCGCACCUCGCACAAGUCUUCGUUAUCUUUACCGUCGAAAUCGAAGAGCGUGACGUUGGAAAUGGAACCGUUUCACAGGACGCGUCAUCAGUCGGCCUCCGGUCCUUUUUUUUUUUUUUUUUUUUUUUUUUUUUUGUUGAAGUUUUAUUAAAGCCUCGCUUGAUGUCGAUGUGGAAGGAUAGAAACGUGUAGUAUAUCUGAAAGGGAAAAUGUCAAUCCUGUAUUUAAUAUAGUAGCUAGCAUCGUGAAGUCCGGCUGAUCAGAAUGUACCGGGUGAAAUGAUGUCGUGUCCAUUAGGAGUAUUGUGGUGUUCAGUCCCUCCAGGAUUUCGCGUUUGCAGAAAUCGACGCAAAAUCGAGCAAACACGAUGAGCUUGCGGUUUUCCAGAAUCACCGCAGAUUAUGUGACGUCAUCACAGAGCGCAUUCGGACUCGACCCUGUUCGGUUCACGUGCGUCGAACGCGAGUACAGCUAAAAUGUCUCGUUUACCAUCGGACAUCACUGACGAACAAGGUCGCGCAAUUUCGCCAAUUCAAGUAGGUUUCUUGUCUCGUCGCAAAUUUUGGAAAAAGCCGCAGCAAAAUCGAGCAUCUUUGGCCGCGACAAUCACCGAAAAAGAAGAAAAAAAAACUCUGCGAAAUCCUGUAUGGACUGGUUAAUAACACAUUUUGGCGCUCUAAGAACACUUUCUUUUUUAAAAUAUUACAAUGACAUGGAAAUGUGUUUUUUUUUUUUUUUUUUUUUUUUUUUAUUUAUGUUACUUUGCAAAAUACGUGUUGUGUCUAGCAAACUUUCUAUUUAAGGAAAGUGUUUUGGACAGCCACGUGUCCUAGCGAAACGCACAUCAGCCUGAUCGAUUCGUUUUGUAAUCGGAAAAGCGACGUCAAAAUGGCCGCCGUCCUCCUGCACGGCCAGCAUCAUCAUCGAGAUCAUAGCAGAGAAGAGCCCUUAGACGCUGCGUACACGUGACCGUGCAGAAUGAGCUCGCAGAAGAGAGCCGGCUGAACUAUCCAGUUAUUUCUCCGCAGAUGUUGGCGUGAACGGAGAUGAUCGCGGUCACCUGAAGAAAUGACGACGAGGCUCGUGUUUAAAUGCCGUGAGGGACUUUGUACCUCAGGAAGCGAGACGGAGACUGACGUGGGUGAUUCGGAUAAUCGCUGUGUGAAUCUUUUCCGUUUUCCAUUUAGCAGGAAUGCUGUUUUCCCAUGAAUGGAUGAUUAAGUUGUAAAUGUCGAGGUAGGCGGGGCGUCUGAGUGGAAUCUGGCUGGAAUUGAAUCUUUAAAUGCGUGGAGUUUUUUUUUUCUUUCUUUCUUUUUCUCCUCCCUUUCUCUCUAUCUCCGUUAAGGAAAACCUGUAGCUGUUGCUAAAAAGCAGUGAAGUCACUUUUAUCCAAAUUUGAUUUCGAAUUGAUUUGUAUUUAUUUAAAUUUUGCCUCAUUUCUGUUUACAUUUUGCUUUGGAUGUACUUGAGGCCAAUUGAGUUGCGCCCCCCCAAAAAAAAAAAAAAAAAAAAAAAAAAGCGUGCCGUUGCACUAACACUAUAUAUAAACGCAGGGUGUCCCAAACGUCUCCAUACGUAGGGGGCGGUGUUUGCCAGCACCGCGUCGGUUGUGCCUUCGUCAGUGGACGUUCGUGGACGUCCACGUCUCCGUUGCAACACUUCCAGUCUUUCUGAAUUUGUUAAUCGUUCGGCAGGCGUGUCACGUGCGCGACGUGCUCGCCGUGUUUCCUGUUGAAGUCCAUCUUCCCGAUGCAUCCAUGAGAAGGAUUUCAAUACGUUCUUCUUUUGUCGAAGGUAUUCUUAAAGACUAUCUGAGGUGUGUGUGUGUGUGUGUGUGUGUGUGUGUAUUAUUUAAAAAAAUAUUGACAUUUUGCUAAAAGGUGUUAAGUUCCCCUAUGUGUGGAAACUUCUGGGACACCGUGUGUGUGUGUGUGUGUGUGUG